UUUUUUUGUCACUUGUUAUUCCUUCCCUUUUCUUUCGUAUUAUUGUUAUAUUUUUUUACUUUAUUCGUUCAAUUGUGUAUAUUCCCUAAGAGUACAACUCGCACCGUACCACAUUCUUAUUACCUAGAGAUAUCGACUGAACCGCUAGGAGUGCCGUCGUUGUCAUCGAUUAACGAGCCAGGAACAAACAAUAACCACAUAAUAAUAGAGACCGAACAAAAAUGGGAGUCGCUGCAUUCUACCGCUGGCUUACGCGCAAGUACCCCCGAGUGCAGAGCAGAGUCAUCGAAGAGAGACCGCAAAUAGUCAAUGACAUUGAAAUCCCUGUCGACGCGACCAAGCCCAACCCGAACGGCGUCGAGUUCGACAACCUGUACUUGGACAUGAACGGAAUCGUGCAUCCGUGCUGCCACCCGCAGUUCCGCGAUGCGCCCGAGACAGAGGAGGAUAUGAUGAUCGAGGUGUUCAAGUGCCUAGACCGUGUGUUCAACAUGGUCCGCCCGCGCAAGAUCGUCUACAUGGCGCUCGAUGGCGUGGCACCGAGAGCCAAAAUGAACCAACAACGGUCGCGCCGUUUCCGCGCGGCGCAGGAGGCUGAGGAGAAGGAGGCAGAUCAGGCCAAGGUUGUCGAGGAGAUCUUCCAGGCGACGGGCGAGCGGCCACCCCAGCCCGAGAAGGCCUGGGACAGCAACUGCAUUACCCCCGGUACGCCAUUCAUGGAGCUGCUGGCCAAAUCGCUGCGGUACUAUAUUGUGACCAAGCUCAACUCGGACCCGGCGUGGAAAUCGGUCAAGGUGGUCCUGUCCGACUCGAAUGUACCCGGCGAGGGUGAGCACAAGAUCAUGGACUACAUCCGCCGCCAGCGUAUGAUGCCCGCCCACGACCCGAACACCACCCACGUGCUGUACGGCCUGGACGCCGAUCUUAUCAUGCUGUCGUUAGCCACACACGAGCCGUACUUUAAGAUUCUGCGCGAGGACGUCGCUUGGGCCGACAUGCUGACCAAGCCGUGCCGCCAGUGCGGCAAGAAGGGUCAUUUCGAGCGAGAAUGCAAGGGCCGUGGCGCCGAAACUCCCAAUACAGACUUUUCCAAGCAGCCGUUCGUGUUUGCGCACAUCGAAAUUCUGCGCGAGUACCUCGAGUACGAGCUUAAGCCCACCGUGAGUGUGCCGUUCCCCUUUGAUCUUGAGCGCGCCAUUGAUGACUGGGUGUUCCUGUGUUUCUUUGUCGGUAAUGACUUUUUGCCGCACCUGCCGUCGCUCGAGAUCCGCGAGGGCGCGCUCGAAAAGCUUGUCCAGUUCUGGAAGGACGGGCUGCCCGCGUCGGGCGGGUACAUCACGCAUAACGGUGACGUUGACAUGUUCCGUGUGCAGCCGAUUAUGGACAGGAUCGCGGCGAUCGAGGAGGAUACCUUCAAGGAGCGCAAGAUUGAGGAGGCCAAGCGUGAGCGCAACAAUCAGCGCUACAAUCAGCGUAACAACCGCGAUAUUCCCGACGGUCAGGCACGCCUGGAUGCUGCCGCCGACGAAAUGGCUGCGGUGGCUGGCGCCAAAUUGCGCAGGGAGGCGGAGGAGGCAGAGAAGAAGAGCGCAGCUGCGAAGAACUUUGCCGCUGCGAGUGCGCUCAAGGCCAGGCUGGCCGGCCGCGCGGCACCGACUCCAGCUCCCUUGCCUGUGGGCCAGGACGAGGACGGCGACGAGAUCAUGGUGUCCGGUGUGGCGCCUGCUCUGGCGAGCGGCACGAAGCGCAGCCAUGAAGACUCCCUUGAGAAGGACGAUCUAAAUGGCGGCGACGCGCAGCCUAAGACCGUCGAGCUUGACGCCAAGCUUAUCAAGCUCAACGACGGCGAGAAGGCUGCCGUUGUGGAGCCCAAGCCUGUGGAGGACGAGGCUAUCGUUGCUGAAGACACUGAGACCAAGACAGCCGAUGAUGCGGCAAGCAUAAGCAUUGUGGACGACAGCGAGGCCGCCGGCGAUAGUGAGGUGCCCGUCGAGGACCCCUUCACUGACACGGUCAAGUUCCACGAGUCUGGGUACAAGGACCGCUACUACAAUCUCAAAUUUGGCUUUUCCGCCAACGACAAGGAGUCAGUGCACAAGGUUGUCGAGCACUACGUGCGCGGCCUGUGCUGGGUACUCAAGUAUUAUUACCAGGGGUGCGUCUCGUGGAGCUGGUACUACCCUUAUCACUAUGCGCCGCUGGCCUCGGACUUUGUUGACCUGGACAUCAUGGAUGUCUCGUUCGACCUCAGCGCACCUCUGCGACCCUAUGAGCAGCUCAUGGGUGUUCUGCCCGCGGCCAGUCGCCAUCACCUGCCCGAGCCCUUUGGUCGGCUGAUGACGUCGGAGACCAGUCCCAUCAUCGACUUUUACCCGACCGACUUCCCGCUCGAUCUCAAUGGCAAGAAGUUCCUGUGGCAGGCGGUCAUUCUGCUGCCGUUCAUUGAGUCGGAGCGCCUCCUCAAGGCCGUUGGGCAAGUGUACCCGUAUCUGACGCCCGAGGAGGAAGCGCGCAACUCGCGUGGCUCCGAGAUAGUGAUGGUCAGCUCGGCACACCCACUCUAUGAGAGUCUUUGCGAUCUGUACAACACGAGUGACCCAAAGCUCGAGGUGCCACUUGAUCCGAAGCUCAGCCAGCGCAUGUCAGGAACCGUCUCCAUUGAUCCGAACUACGUCCCGCAUACGGCCUAUGAGUCCCCGCUGCACACUGUGGACAAGCCCGAUAUCGAGGAGGACCGCUCGAUCUCCGUCAUCUACCACCAGCCGCAGCCUGACUCCAGCCAUACAGCCGUUCUGCUUCCCGGUCUGAGGCUCCCAGGCCACGUGCUGAAUUCGGCCGACAUUGAGUUCAUGCGCACUGGCGGCAAGUCUGGCUUCCGCGGCCCGCCGCGCACGUAUACGCCCGAGAACAACCGCGAUUUUAGAGACUUUUACGGUCAGCAGGGGAACGACGUCUCGAGAGAUCGCGGCCGUGGCCCGAGUCGCUACGACCAGCAGGGUAAUGUGAACCCGGAGUACCAGUCGUACCAUUCUGGUCGUGGCCAGUCGCGUCCCUACGCCCGGCCUCGCUACCCGAAUCCCUCGCACCAGUCGCGCGGCAACAACCAUGGGAACAGCUAUGGCAACAACCAUGGAAAUAACGGCAGCAACUACGGUAAUAAUGGUAGCAACUACGGUAAUAGCGGCGGCCAGUCUGGAUACAACUCGCGCCCGCCCCCACCGCGCCCCAUGGGGUACCAACCAUUCGGUGGCCGUCCGCCAGCCGCGCAGUCGCAGGCCGGAGGCCAAGGUGGUGGUGCCUAUAAUGGAAACAGCCGUGGCAGAGGCAGAGGUGGAGGCGGAUACCAUGGUGGUAACACAAAUGGCGGCGGGUCCCGUGGCGGAUAUCGUGGCGGCUACCGCGGACGGGGAGGCAACAACAAUAACAACGGCUACUAAAUGCCAGUGUUUUUUUUUUCAUUUUUUAGAUUCAAAAAAUACUUGAUUUUGGGAUUAUCUCAAUAUCGACACGGUGGUGGAUACUAAGACCAUUUUUGACUGUGUUGCAAGGUUUGGCGGACUCGAGAAUCUGAAGAAAAAUUAA